AUGAGAGAGGAAGAUAAACCCUUCCAGGCCACAUCCCCAGUGAUUGGUCUCUUUGGACCAUGCCCCACACCUCCUAACAGCAAGUCAGGAGAUAACAUCAGUGAUUUGAGAGUGGAAAACCAUACAAGCACAUCACAGUUCUUCCUCCCGGGCCUCUCAGAAAAUCCUAAACUGCAGCCCUGUCUAUUUGGACUGUUCCUGCCCACAUAUCUGGUCACUGUGCUUGGGAACCUGCUCAUUAUCCUGGCUGUCACUUUUGACUCCCACCUCCACACCCCCAUGUACUUCUUCCUCUCCAACCUGUCCUUUGUGGACAUCUGUUUCACUUCUACCAUGGUUCCAAAGAUGCUGUUGAACAGUCACACACAGCAUAAAGGCAUCUCCUACACAGAAUGUCUCACACAGGUGUAUUUUAUUACGAUUUUCACUGGAAUGGAUAAUUUCCUAUUGACCAUCAUGGCCUAUGACCGCUUUGUGGCUAUCUGUCACCCUCUGAAAUACAUAGUCAUCAUGAACCCUCGGCUAUGUUGCCUCCUGGUUCUGAUUUCUUGGUUAAGCGUGAUCUCCUUAUUCUAUGGAACAGGAAUUGGGGUGUAUCUUAGUUCUGUUUUAACUCAUUCUUCCCAGGGAAACACAGUUUCCUCUGUGAUGUACACUGUGGUCACCCCUAUGCUGAACCCUUUCAUCUACAGCCUGAGGAAGAAAGAUGUGAAAGGGGCAAUGGGAAGACUCCUCAGCAGAGCAGGCUGUUGUCUUUGA